ACCUCGGGCGGGAUCUGAUAAAAACCCGCGAAUUGUUACGUCACUCCCAGCGACAGCAUCUUUGUCAGUGCACAAAAUGGCGUCCUACUGUUUGACUGUCAGCCGGCUUCAGCAUGCCCUGGGGCGCGGGGCGAGGCGCCUGCACCUCACCACGGCGUUCGACGCGCGAGCGAAAGUGGCGAUGAGCCGUUUCGAGGCGAACCACUUCGUCAACUACGAGAAAAUGCAGAAGAACAUUGACAUCGUCAGGCAGAGGCUGGCUCGCCCCCUCACCCUCUCUGAGAAGAUCGUGUACUCUCACCUGGCAGAGCCGGACUCUCAGGAGAUCGCUCGCGGGCGCUCCUACCUGCGCUUGCACCCGGACCGCGUGGCCAUGCAGGACGCCACGGCCCAGAUGGCCAUGCUGCAGUUCAUCAGCAGCGGCCUGCCCCGCGUGGCCGUGCCGUCCACCAUCCACUGCGACCACCUGAUCGAGGCGCUGUCCGGAGGACCGCAGGACCUGGAGCGAGCCAAGGAUGUGAACCAAGAAGUGUACAAAUUCCUGGCCACGGCUGCUGCAAAAUACGGAGUGGGAUUCUGGAAGCCGGGAUCAGGAAUCAUUCACCAGAUCAUCCUGGAGAACUACGCCUACCCUGGUGUGUUGCUGAUAGGCACAGACUCUCACACCCCCAACGGGGGGGGCCUGGGGGGUGUGUGUAUCGGGGUGGGGGGCGCGGACGCAGUCGACGUGAUGGCGGGGAUCCCCUGGGAGCUGAAGUGUCCCAACGUGAUCGGGGUGAAGCUCACUGGCUCCCUCUCUGGCUGGACCUCCCCCAAAGAUGUGAUCCUCAAAGUGGCCGGAAUCCUGACUGUGAAAGGGGGUACGGGCGCCAUCGUGGAGUACCACGGACCGGGCAUCGACUCCAUCUCCUGCACAGGAAUGGCUACAAUCUGUAACAUGGGGGCUGAGAUCGGAGCCACAACAUCCGUCUUCCCUUAUAAUCACCGCAUGAAGACCUACCUGGAAAAGACUGGGAGAGGAGGGGUCGCUGCGUUGGCUGAUGAUUUUAAAGAUCUUCUGGUCCCUGAUAAGGGCUGUGAAUACGACCAGGUCAUCGAGAUCAAUCUGGACACGCUGAAGCCCCACAUUAACGGCCCGUUCACCCCAGAUCUCGCUCACCUCGUCUCCGAGAUCGGGGGGGUGGCUCAGAAGUCUGGCUGGCCUCUGGAAGUCAAAGUGGGGCUGAUCGGAAGCUGUACCAACUCCAGUUAUGAGGAUAUGGGCAGGGCGGCUUCCCUGGCAAAGCAGGCGCUGGACAAGGGGAUGAAAUGCAAGGCCCAGUUCACCGUGACUCCCGGGUCCGAGCAGAUCCGAGCCACCAUCGAGAGAGACGGCUACGCGAAGAUUCUGACCGAUGUUGGCGGGCUGGUUCUGGCGAAUGCCUGUGGACCCUGCAUUGGACAGUGGGACAGACGCGACGUGAAGAAGGGAGAGAAGAACACGAUCGUGACGUCUUACAACCGGAACUUCACGGGAAGGAACGACGCCAACCCCGCCACCCACGCCUUCGUCACCUCCCCCGAGAUCGUCACCGCCAUGGCGAUCGCUGGCCGGCUGGAUUUCGAUCCGGAGACGGAUUUCCUGACGGCUCCGAGCGGAGAGAAGUUCAAGCUGCAGGCCCCCAGCGGAGACGAGCUGCCGUCCCGGGACUUCGACCCCGGCCAGGACACCUACCAGCACCCCCCGGCCAAGGGGGACUCCCAGCCCGUCGACGUGAGCCCCCAGAGCCAGCGGCUGCAGCUCCUGGAGCCCUUUGAGCGCUGGAGCGGAGAGGAGCUGGAGGACUUGCAGGUUCUCAUCAAGGUCAAGGGGAAGUGCACCACUGACCACAUCUCCGCGGCCGGACCCUGGCUCAAGUUCCGAGGCCACCUGGACAACAUCUCCAACAACCUGCUGAUCGGAGCCGUGAACAUCGAGAACGAGAAAGUGAACCAGGUCAAGAACCAGCUGACUGGAGAGUACAGCGGAGUGCCGGACACUGCGAGAUACUACAAGAAGCACGGUGUGCAGUGGCUGGUGGUCGGGGAUGAGAACUACGGCGAGGGUUCGAGCCGGGAGCACGCCGCCCUGGAGCCCCGACACCUGGGGGGGAGGGUCAUCCUCACCAAGAGCUUCGCCAGGAUCCACGAGACUAAUCUUAAGAAGCAAGGGAUGCUUCCUCUAACGUUUUCCAACCCCAGCGAUUACGACAAGAUCCGACCGGACGACAAGGUCUCCAUCCACGGGCUGAAGGACUUCCUCCCAGGAAAGCCCCUCAAAGGCAUCAUCAAGCACCGGGAUGGCUCUCAGGACACCGUCUCUCUCAACCACACGUUCAAUGAGACACAGAUCGAAUGGUUCAAGGCGGGCAGCGCCCUCAACAGGAUGAAGGAACUGCAGUAGAACCGUCGAGGAGGGGAGGAGCCUGGGAGGGGAGGGGAGGAGCCUGGGAGGGGAGGAGAGGAGCUGGGGAGGGGCGGGGCUAGGAAGCCUAACCCAGCUCAUACUAAACAGAGUUCAUUAAUCCUUAAUGAGAGAGAGGGGGAGGCUACAGGGCUGGGAAUCAGACUCCCGCUGCACAGCAGUGUGAUCCAGUCCUGGUUUCACUGGGAGUUUAAUAAUCAGACACCCCUGAGCUUGUUAGCUAGACACACUGGGGGCUGAUCAAGCUGGUAGCAGUAAAACCUGGACUGGAUCACACUGCUGUGCGAUAGGAGUCUGAUUCCCAGCCCUGUGUACAGUAAAAACAGUUGAAUUUUUCUGCUAGCUACACAACCUAGUCUGAAUUUGUCCAAGCUUGUCAAACGUUAUAUAUAUAUAAAUGUGAUUUUGCGCACGGAUCUCGCUCGCGCCUCGACUCGAGUCCUUGGUGUUGUUUUUUCAGUUUUUUUUAAUCUGCUCUGAGCUCCGUGAUCAGAAGCUGCUCAUCGCAUUGACAGACAAAAAUAUGUGUGAAACCACUGACCUGCAAACGGUCAGCCAGCUCCAUUCUGUAGAGGGUCAGCCAGCUUCAAAUGGUCAGCCAGCUCCAUUCUGUAGAGGGUCAGCCAGCUUCAAAUGGUCAGCCAGCUCCAUUCUGUAGAGGGUCAGCCAGCUUGCAAACGGUCAGCCAGCUCCAUUCUGUAUGGUCAAGCAACUUCAAAUGGUCAACCAGCUUGCAAAUGGUCAGCCAGCUCCAUUCUAAAUAGUCAGCCAGCUUGCUUCACUGUGAGGUCCAACACUAGCCGUUCAGCGUUGAAUUCUAGAUGCAUCUCUAUCGCCGUUGCUAUCGGUUACAGGAACACGCACUGUAUAUUAUGGUCUGUCGGGUAGCUAAAUUAUCGAGGGCAGCUUUUUAAUGUAGACUGUACGCAGAGCAAAUCCCUCAAGCUGUUGUGAUGAACAAUUCACUGUAUCUUCUACACCGAGAAAUACGACCAUAAACUUCAUGAAUUCAACGGCAAACGUUUCCUCUAGAAGUCUCUCUCAGCGUCUUCAGUGUAAAUUCAACGGCAAACGUUUCCACUAGAAGUCUUUCUCAGCGUCUUCAGUGUAAAUUCAAUGGCAAACGUUUCCACUAGAAGUCUCUCUCGGAGUCUUCAGUGUAAAUUCAACGGCAAACGUUUCCACUAGAAGUCUUUCUCAGCGUCUUCAGUGUAAAUUCAAUGGCAAACGUUUCCACUAGAAGUCUUUCUCAGCGUCUUCAGUGUAAAUUCAACGGCAAACGUUUCCUCUUGAAGUCUCUCUCGGCGUCAACGGUUUGAAAUCCGGAGCAAGACUUUCUCUAGCGGAAACGUUCUGUCGUUUUUGAGUCUGAGUUUCUUGUUGUGUUUUUAAAUCCUGCUCUAGCGUGUGUUUUAAGCAGCUAUGGGUGAAACGACACUCCACACAGCCAUUCGAAGACAUAAAUGGCGUUUUAAAUAACCCUUUUUAUAAGGGAAAGGGAUUCUAAAAAGUGUCUUGAAAGGUGAAUGCAAAUAAGGGGUGAAAAUAGUGUGAAAUUCUCCAUUUACAAAAGAAUACAUUCUUAAUAAUCCAUACGUAUGAUAAGGUCUACUUGAUAUUUCAUUAACUGACCGCUGGGUGUUUGUGCUGCUGUUAUUGAUUAUGAAAUAUUUAUCAAAGUAAAAAAAAAAAAAAAAAUACAUGGUUGUGAAAUAAAAA